AUGGCGCUCGAAGCAGAGACAGUACGCGUCGUCCAACAGUUCGAGCUCUCUGAUGCCUACAUCAACGGCGCAGUCAAAGAGUUUCUCCACCAGAUGCAGGAUGGACUCGAGAAGGAUGGAACCAGCAUGAGCCAGAUCCCGACAUACGUCACUGGCGUGCCCAAUGGCACUGAAAAGGGAUUGUACCUCGCAGUUGACCUCGGCGGAACAAACUUCCGCGUCUGCUCCGUCCAGCUUAACGGCGACACCACUUUCAACCUCACCUACAGCAAGGUCGCAAUCCCCAAGGAGCUCAUGGUUGCCAAGACCGCCGGGGAGCUCUUUUCCUUCCUUGCCAAGCAGAUUGAGCUCUUCCUGCGCGAGCACCACGCCCAGCACUUCGAGCAGCACGUGCGCCGCCGCCAGACCUACAGCGCCCCCGAGGGCUACCGCGACGAGCAUGUUUUCCGCCUUGGUUUCACCUUCAGCUUCCCCGUUCAGCAGCUCGGUAUCAACAAGGGCAACCUGAUCCGGUGGACCAAGGGUUUUGACAUUCCUGACGCCGUCGGCAAGGAUGUCUGCGCUCUUUUGCAGGUCGAGAUCGACAAGUUGCACCUCCCCGUCCGAGUCGCUGCUCUCGUCAACGACACCGUUGGAACUCUCAUGGCGAGAUCCUACACCUCCACAGGCAAGUCGGGCUCAAUCCUCGGCGCAAUCUUUGGCACCGGUACCAACGGUGCUUACCUCGAGAAGCUGUCGAACAUCAAGAAGCCCAUUGUCGGCGACUACGAGACGACCACCGGCGAGAUGGUCGUCAACACCGAGUGGGGCUCCUUCGACAACCAGCUCAACGUGCUGCCCAACACCCCGUGGGACAUCGCCCUCGACCGGGCCAGUGUCAACCCCGGUAUCCAAAUGUUCGAGAAGCGCGUCUCCGGCAUGUUCCUUGGCGAGAUUGUCCGCCUGACAAUCCUUGACAUGCUCAAGGAUGAGAAGCUGUCCCUGUUCAAGGACCAAAACUCGAGCUUCAACGACUGGAAGUCGACGACCGACAUCAGCCCCAGCUCUAGCAUAUUCAAGCAAUGGGGUCUCGACAGCUCCAUCAUGUCUGUUGCCGCCGCUGAUAACACCCCCGAGCUGUCGACUCUGAGACAGGAGCUCGAGUCCAUCCUCCAAGUUUAUACCCCCUCGCUCGAGGACGCACAGGCUUUCAAGGCCGUUGCAGGCGCCGUUGGUCGUCGGGCCGCCCGCUUGUCUGCAGUUGCCAUUGGCGCCAUCGUCCUGCAGUCCGGCAAGCUCGACGACCCCGAGGCGGAGGUCAUUGAUGUCGGUGUCGACGGCAGCUUGGUCGAGCACUACCCUUUUUUCCGCGACAUGAUCUACGAGGCCCUGCGCGCAAUCGACGGCAUCGGAGCCAAGGGGGCUGAGAAGAUCCGUAUUGGCAUUGCCAAGGACGGUAGCGGAGUUGGCGCUGCGCUCAUUGCGCUUGUGGCAGCCGGCAUGGAGAAGGAGGGCGACAUUUUGACCGAGUUUAGGCAAAAUGUUAAAAAAGAGCUGAACUCAAUUCCUUCACCUCGUAAGUUGCUGGUUACCGACGUUGCCGAGAAGAAGCGCGACGUCCAUUGUGACGACAUUCCCGUCACCAUGCAUUGCGAGACCAUUGGCUAA